UUAUUCAAUACGCAGAAACCUUCAGAGUUCAGACUUCUUUUUCUUUUUUUUUUUCCUCAAAAGUUCAGACUUCAGAGAGCUGGGUUUUAGCCGUUUUUACAUUUUAGGGCUUUUUUCUUCUUUUGAAUUUGCUGUAGCCUCUUCUUCUUCUUAUUCUAUUAACUGGUAAAUGUUGCAUUUCAGCCAUAAGUCGAUUGAAUCACCAUGAAUGCACGAUUAAGCCUAAACAAAAACAAAAAUGGCUGCAGAUGUUACUGGAAAGCACCCGCCGGUGAAUUCCUGCUGCACAGUGUGGAAAGACAAGUGUUCCAAGCUAGAAGUUGGCCGGAAACAUUUAAGACAAGCUGUGCAGAUUCUCAAUGAACAAAUCGAUAAGAUUCAAGGGGAGAAUGCGGCUCUCAAGAAAGCAUACGAGCAAGAGCAGGCACGGGCUGAAACUGAGAAAGAGGGAAAAGAUGAAAAAUUGGCUGUCAGAGUUUCUUUGGAGAACGAGAUUUCUGCCUUGAAGUCUGAAGUAUUCUCCUUAAAGCAAAAAAUAAGUGCAGAUGCUAAGGAUGGAAAGGGGGAAGUGAACCUCCUUCAGGAUCAUGUUUCUGAAGCGGAAAAGGAAAUCACAAGGCUUAAGUCACUUCUUGAGGAAGAGAAGAUAAGGGUAAAUUCUGAAAAGAAGAAUGCCGAGGCCCAGAAGAAAAGUGCUGCUGAAGCAUGGAAACAGGUGAAAACUGAAAGGGCCAAGGCUGAUGAAGAGAGGAAGCUUGCUAAUAAUGAAGGGAAGAAGGCUGAGGAAUAUCGGCUUAAGGUGGAGGACUUGAGGAAAGAAGUUGAAGAAGCGAAAUCGAAAUUGGUUUCUGAGACAUUGAAGCUUGAAGAGGCAGGUAAAAAGUUGGAAGCAGAAAAGCAUAAAUUGACCAAGGAGAGGAAACGUGCUGAUUUGGAGAUGGCGAAAGUGGAGGAGCAUAGGAAGCUUGCAGAAGCAAAUGGGAAGAAGGUCAUAGAAGAAACAUCUUGUGCUGAGAGUCUUUCUCAGCAGUUGAGGGUUGCUACUCAAAGAGUUGAGGAACUACAGAAAGAGAUAAAUAGCAUUGUAUUGUCCAGAGAUUUAGAUGAGGCACCUGGUUGGCAAUGCAAUAAAAGUGAGAUAUCUGUCUUCAAUUAUCAAAUCUCGUCCUUACGACGAAAAGAAAGUCUAGAUAUUAUUAAAGAUAAAACAGGGAAUGCAAUAAUUCUUCAAGAUCAUUUUUCUGAAGAGGAAAAAGAGAAGGAAAUCAAUAAGCUUAAGGAGCUUCUUCAGAAAGAGAAAGAAAGAGCAGAUUCUCUAAAGAAAACUGCUGAGGCAGAGAAAAAGAGUGCUUCUGAAGCACAGAAACGCAUGAUAAGUGAAAAGGCUAAGGCUGAUGAAGAAAGGAAGAAGUCGGAGGGAUAUUGGGUUCAAUUGGAGGCAUUGAGGAAAGAAGCUGAUGAAACAAAAGUGAAGUUGAUGUCUGAGAUUUUGAAGUUUGAAGAUGCAAAUAAAAGGUUGGUAAAAAAAAAACAUCGGGUGGCCAAAGAGAGAAAGUGCAAUGCUUCAGAGAAGGCUAAGAGUAAGGAGCUAACAAAGCUUGCUGAAACAAAUGGGAAGAGGGUCAUAGAAGGCAAAACUUGUGCUGGAAAUCUUCCUCAGAAGUUGCAAGUUGCUGGAAAAAGAAUGGAGGAAUUAAAGAAAGAGAUAAAUACAUUCCUCUUUAGAAGUUCAGGCAGGUCUCCAAGUGAUCUAAAUUCGAAUGCUGAAGCUGCAAAAAUGAGAUUUAUGUGUUGUUUGGACAAUUUCAUUAAAGAUGCAGAUCAUGCAGAGUUAGUUUUGGAGCUAUUGAAAUUUGAGGCAGCAUUCAAAAGGUUUGAGGUUGAAAAACAGGAUGCUGUGGUGGAGAAAAAUAACACAGAUAUGAAAUUGAUGGAAGUAGAAAAGCUAAAACAGCUUGUGGAAGUGAACAGGAAGAUGGCAUUGGAAGAAAAAUCUCGUGCUGAUCAGCUGUCUUGCCAACUUGCAGAAAGCAGGCAUAAAAUUGAGGAACUGCAGAAGCAGAUAAAGGAACUUUUCUCCUAUAAAAGAGUAGUUGAGGCUUCUGCUAUUUUACCUAGCAAAGAUGUGAAGAAUGAAUCCAGAAAAUUGAAGCUUUUGGAGAAACGGUUGAAGCUUGAAAAGAUGCGGUUGAAGUAUGCCAAAGAAGUGGCUAAGUUGGAAAAGAUUCGCCGUAGUACUUUACAACAAGAACUAGGUCGCAUAAGGGUGGAUUCUAAUCAAAUUUCACAACACCUGGAUGCACUGGACAAAUGGUUCUCAUCUGGCAUUGAAUGUAGAGAGGUCUUGCAAAAGGAUGGAGUAUCGGUGAACAUGCAGAGAUCAAAGCUGAAGAGAAAGUUUGGUGAUUUGGAACCAUUUCAUAAGCAUGUUCAUAAAGAAAGUGAGCUCAAGCCUAGUUGCAUGGCUGUGGCUGCCUGUUCUCUCAAUCAGUCCCUGUAUCGUAAAGCUCCAUUGCUCCCUAUACGUAAAGGGCAAUGUAUUGAAUCCUUGUCAAGUUUUGAUUCUAAAUUGAAGGCUCUGCAUGAAGGCUCUUAUCAUAAUUUGUUACAGAGUUCUGAUUCCCGGUCAGCAUCUUUUUCUGAUAGUAAAUUGCUUGACUCACAGGAAAUGGGUGCUUUCGUUUCAACAUCAGAAAAAUGGAUGGAGAACUCUGAUGGACAGACAACAAUUUCUGGAAUGUCUAGUGAAGUGACCAAAAAGCAGUGCAAUCCAAAUCUAGCUGUGGUGGCUGAAAGUAAUAUUAGAAGUUCUCUUGGCAUUGAUACCUCUGGAAGAGUUAAUGGACAAAGCAGAAAGUGGAAGAAAAUGGUUGAUGCAAUUGAAUCUGUUGAAUCUUUGUACUCAGAAGGUAAGAAGUUGAAUGUCCAGAUGGAAGAGAAACUCUCUCUCUUGCAUGGCAUGUUAAACAGAGAAAUUGAGAAACCACUUGAUGAACUUGAUGAAUUGAAGUAUGUGGAAGCCCUAGGUGGUUCAUAUGCCAAACAUGAGAGGGGCCACAAGAGAAAGGCACCUUGUGAUGAGAGAAUAAUUAUGCAACAUUCUUAUAGCAUAGAUAAGCAGGAGAAGAUUGCACUUAUUGAACAUGAAGUUCAUGGUGAUGUUAAUAACUGUAAACAUGCUUCCCCUUCUCCUGUUAACCUGUUUGGAGUCCCACAGGAUUGCAUCAAGGAAUUAAAUGAUUCCUAUGGAAGUGACCUUGCAAUUAUAGCAAGGGUUGAGGAAGUAGAAGAUGGGGCUUAUAUGAAAUUGUUGGACUUGGAUAAUACUGCAGAUGAAGAAUGUUACAGGAGAGCACUGGAGAUGCCCUUGUCGCCUAAUCUUCCUGAGAUUGAGAUUUCUACUGCUGAAAUAUCUGAUGCAAAUAAGUUUGAAGCAGGUAAUGUCUUCCAGGAAGGGUUGUCAAAUGAGAAGGGUAUAGAAAUGCCUUCCCACAAUUUUGAUGUGGAAACUAGUCCCAACAACUUGAGAUGUAAUGCCUCAGGGACUUCCCGUGAUGAAUUAAUUCUGGGGAAUGAAGGUCUUGUUAAUUCUUUUGGUAUGUUUGACAAUGCAAAUGGCUGUUGUAAUAGUACGGAAACUGAAAGAGCUUCUGAUAGGGAGACUGGUGGAGAUUCUGAAGUGCUCAAGAUUGCAAACCUGCCUACUUCUAGGGAUGGGGGCCUGAAACUUUCAUCUGAAAGCAAGCUUGAAUAUGUGCAUGCCAAUGUUCCAACAUAUUGUAUGGUGUUUUCUAAUACUAAAGACUGUAGUAGUGUUUCAAGGAUAUUUUCUGCGACAAGAACUUGUAUGGCUCACUGCUCUUUGAAUGCUGAAAUUGAGUGCAAUGUCAAAAAGAUCUUGGAUGUUAUAAAAAUGGAAGAACUUUUACCCAAGGAGAAGGCUUGUGCAUUUUUUACAGUGAUGCUGCUGAAUAUCUCUGUGACUACUUCUAGGAAGCCUGGAUGUUUUUUGGAUAAGGAUUUUCUCCUUUUCAUAGAUUCAUUUGCAAGGCAAAUAAAUUCAGUGGUGUCUGAUGUUGAUGCAAGAAGUUUAGCCACAGGUUUAUGUUGUAUGGAUGAACUGCUUGAUCUCAUAGAGGAUUUCCUCAUAAAUGGGCAAGUGAUGGUGCUGGCUGAUGUAUCUUCUGAAACACUGAGUGAAUCUGAUUCAAGGAUGGAUAUCUUUCUGGAUGGUGUAAAUGUAAAUAUUUCCUCAAAACCUGCUUCAGCUUAUCAAUUGGUGGCAGGAAGCAUCAUAUUAGCAUCAAUAUGUAAAGCAUUAGAUCGCGUGGAGUUUAUUUGUGAGGCUUCUUAUGAUCUUUUGCGGGUUCGAAAAUAUGAUACUGGUGUUUUAUUGACCAUUCUUCAUGUUUUUGCAUACCUGGGUGGCAACAAAUUUUUCUCGCUGAAGGAAUACAGUUUGACAGUGGCUGUGUUAAAAUCAAUAAUAUUUUUUCUUGAAGGAGGAAAUGCAUCAGCUGCUUCAGCUUCUUCAUGCUUUUCAUCUUUGCAUGAGGUUGGACUUAAGUUCCAGUCUUGUGCUAACUGUCCAUUUGAUGCAGUUUCAGUGGAUGUGGUUGCUUCAAUGCUGAUGGAAAAGCUUCAAGGUUGUGCUUUAUCGGGAACCAUGCAUCAGCAUUGCAUGGAAUUGGCUAAUUUAUCAAAUUCCCAUGCUAAACAGAAUUUAAGUGCUGAAAGUGUUUCUUGUGCCCUUCAUGUGAAUUGUGAUGCAUCUUGUGGUACAAACAAGUGUGUGAUGCCUGCUGAUGCAAACUGUGGCCGCAGUGGGACUUUAUGUUUCCUCAGUGAUGUCCUGUCUUUGGUGGAACUGCUUGCUGGCUAUAUGACCUGGGAGUGGACAUGUGGUAAAAUUAUCCCCGUGUUGCUGGAAAUUUUGGAAAGACCUAUGCUAGAUGAUUUUGCUGUUGCUGUUGUUGUUCACCUUGGUCAGCUUGGGAGGAUUGGAGUUGCUGCUUGUGGUUACAGGGAUGAGGAAGUUGAGAAUUUGAAAUGUAAAUUAUCUGGUUUUCUUUUGCGGGAUAGUACCAACAAAGCAUCUUUUCCUGUUCAAAUUGCUGCCAUUACUUCUUUAUUUGGACUCGUGUCUCUUAAUUUUGAAGAUGUUAUCCAGAGUGAUUUGAAGCUUCCAGAAGUUGCAAGUCAGUCUGUUUCUACUGAUCUGAUAAGAAAUUGGUUUUCUUCAUUGAGCAAGGAGCAACAGACCUUUUCGCGCCGCCUCUUACAGUCUGCUGCAGUAGUUACCAGGUGAAAGUAUCGCUACUUUGACCAUGCUUUUCCAGUCUGAAGUGGGGCAUUCACGGUGGCAAUUAGGUGUUCUAAAAUUAAAUUAAAAUGUAGGAAACCUGUCGUGCCUAUUAUUUGAUAGGUUUUUUCUCCAACGUGAAUUCUGAGAUAAACAAGUAGGCAUUUUUAAUGACAAGCAAGAAGGAAAAAAAUGGGGCGAUUUUGAGAUUUAACUGGUUUUGUAAGCCCUUAUAUAGUGUAAAUUUGUAAAUUUUUUUGGGACCAUCUUUGUUAGUUGCAUUAUUUCCUAGCCAAUAUGACAUCAAUUGAUUUUUUUCUUC